AAUCAACAUCAACUCUGAUGAACAGGCAAAGAACACUCGAAGAAUUUCGUUAAUGUAUAUGAAAAACAAAAAUCUCAAAAUUUCAUUAUAUUCCAGCCCCACAAGUUUCUUACGAAUCAUCGUCUUCCCCAUUCUUCUCCAAGAUUCUAGACCCCUCUUUCACUACUUUUCCAAUCUCUUUAUCUCCCUCCAUCCCGCCAUGGAUCUCCCCAUCUACAAGAUCAAACUCGAAAAUUCAAAUUUCGAAUCAUUUCUCACAUGGCUACUCUCUCAAUCGCUUCAAACUCAUGGUUCAUCAGUCACAAAGAGAGGCACUAUACAAGCCGCACAAUGGCCAAGCCUUUUGGUAAGAUUCCACUAGGGCGUAAAACCGACGGUUACUUCUUUACAAUUUCCACACCUAUUACAGAGAAUCGUUUAAGAUUCUCCGCCAGAGAUGAUUCGGAAAGCGAGUCAUCGUCUUCCUCGAUCGCGGUGGUUUCCGACGAGAGGGGAGGCGGAAAUGACAACGAGAAGGCGGAACUGUCUGCCGGAGAACAUGAGAGUGAAGAGAGAGAGAAACAACACGAAAUUGAUUGGAAGACGGACGAGGAGUUCAAGAAGUUCAUGGGAAAUCCUUCUAUCGAAGCUGCCAUAAAGCUGGAGAAGAAGAGGGCGGAUAGGAAGCUGAAGGAGCUUGAUCGUGAAGGGGCCAAUAAUCCGAUUGUGGGGUUGUUCAAUAGAAUUGCUCGGGAUAAUUUGGAAAAAGAGAAGGAGAGAUUAGAGAAGGCCGAAGAGACUUUCAAGGCUCUUGAUCUCAACAAGCUAAAGAGUUGCUUUGGAUUCAAUACAUUUUUCGCAACUGAUGUACGUAGAUUUGGAGAUGGAGGUAUUUUUAUUGGGAACUUGAGGAGGCCCAUUGAAGAAGUGAUUCCCCAGUUGGAGAAAAAACUAUCAGAGGCAGCAGGAAGGGAGGUAGUCCUAUGGUUCAUGGAAGAAAAAACGGACGACAUCAAGAAACAGGUCUGUAUGGUGCAACCCAAGGCAGAAAUAGAUCUCCAAUUUGAAUCUACCAAGCUGAGUACUCCACUGGGGUAUUUUAGUGCAAUAACUUUAUGCGUUGCAACGUUUGGGACUAUUGCUUUGAUGAGUGGUUUUUUUCUAAAACCUGGUGCUACCUUUGAUGACUAUAUAGCGAAUGUUGUUCCUCUCUUUGGUGGUUUCAUCUCUAUCCUGGGAGUUUCAGAGAUAGCAACGAGGGUAACAGCAGCUCGUUAUGGCAUGAAGCUAAGCCCUUCUUUUCUCGUGCCUUCCAACUGGACGGGAUGCUUAGGAGUGAUGAAUAACUAUGAAUCACUACUUCCAAACAAGAAAGCGCUUUUUGAUAUUCCAGUAGCUCGUACUGCUUCUGCAUAUUUAACGUCGUUGGCGCUUGCAGUCUCUGCUUUUGUAAUUGACGGUGGCUUUAAUGGCGGAGACAAUGCAAUGUACAUUAGACCUCAAUUCUUUUACAACAAUCCCUUACUUUCUUUUAUCCAGUUUGUUAUUGGACCUUACUCAGAUGACCUUGGCAAUGUAUUGCCCUAUGCAGUGGAAGGUGUCGGAGUUCCUGUGGAUCCCCUUGCUUUUGCUGGCCUUUUAGGAAUGGUAGUGACAUCUUUGAAUUUGUUGCCGUGCGGGAGGCUCGAAGGAGGCCGCAUUGCACAAGCCAUGUUCGGGAGAAGCACUGCUGCCCUACUGUCAUUUGCCACAUCUCUUGUACUUGGUAUCGGCGGGUUGAGUGGGAGUGUUCUUUGUUUAGCUUGGGGUUUGUUUGCAACUUUCUUUCGAGGUGGUGAGGAAGUUCCCGCAACAGAUGAGAUCACUCCCUUGGGAGAUGAUCGGUAUGCAUGGGGUGUCGUUCUCGGCCUCAUUUGCUUCCUUACUUUGUUCCCUAAUGGCGGAGGCACAUUCUCGAGUCCAUUUUUCAGUGCACCAUUUUUCAGGGGUGACUUAUGAAAUGUACAUAUAGUUUGUCACUUCACCCGAUGAGAGCACCAAACUAACUUAUAGAAGUAUAGACUAGUGUUUUUGUAAAUGAAAUCUUUGCUUUUGUAUUUUA